UUUCGUUUUUUAUGCAACAACCAGAAUUCCAGCAUUGCAAGGAAAAGUUUAGCCACAAUGCAUUGAUGUUGAUAGCAGAUGAGACGGGACGUCAAAAGAAGGUUGAGCCGCUAUCCGGGUAUACCCCGGGGAUAAGAAGACGGGAUGGAGGGGCCACAUAUCCCUCUUCCCCACAUCCCUUCCUAACGUCAAGUGUCAACAUCAAUACGACGACCAUCAUCCCUCCUACACAUCUCAAUCCUUCCAAUUGGCCCAUCAAAAGACCCUACAAUUCCCGAUUCCAUCUCGUCAGCUGAACCACCGCAAGGAUGAAGCUCACUAUCCUCCCCCUCCUAGCAACCCUCUCCCUCGCCACCGCCGAAAUAAUCAACAACGAAUAUCUUAAAACCGAAGUCACCACCCCCGCCACCUGCACCCGCAAGACCAAAGCAGGCGACAAAGUCGAUGUACACUACCGUGGCACCCUCGAGAAAGACGGCUCCGAGUUUGAUGCCUCGUACAACCGCGGGCAGCCGUUGAGUUUCUCGGUCGGAACAGGCCAGGUCAUCAAGGGUUGGGACCAAGGAUUGCUGGAUAUGUGCCCUGGUGAGAAGAGGAAGUUGACGAUUCAGCCAGAUUGGGGGUAUGGAGCUAGAGGCGCAGGGCCGAUUCCCGCGAAUGCGGUGUUGAGUAAGUCAGGUCCUCUUGAGAUAUCAGGGACAAUUGGACGGAGAUUGUUAACGUCAAAUGAUCUAGUCUUCGAGACGGAGUUGGUUUCUAUCAAUGGGCAGACCAAGGAUGAGUUGUAGAUGCGGGAUGAUUUGAUGAUGAGGUACAAACCAAGGAAUGAACGGAUACGACGGAAUGAUUGAUGGAUUGUUUGGACAGAACUCGUCGCCACCGAGUAGCGCUUCGCGCGCUGAACAUGGCAGUCAUGAAGGGUAUAUAUAAUACGAGAUGAAACACAGUAUAUGCUAUCCACCACAGUCUUAUACAGUGCCCGUAGCGUGUACAGCGCGCCCCCGCCUCCACCCAUGUUCAAUACUUGGGCAGGACAGUCGCUGAGUGGAUAACAUACAAACAACUCGAC